AUGGGAGCCUGUCGGAAGAGGAAAGCUUUCGUGGAGGAGAACACCGCUGUUUUUCUGAGGAGAAAGAUCACUCUUACUCGGGCCAUUGCGUUGGCUGUAGGCUCCAUGGUGGGCAGUGGGAUCUUCAUUUCUCCUAAAGGAGUGUUGCAAAACUCAGGCAAUGUAGGGGUCUCAUUACUUUUAUGGCUCGCUUGUGGGAUUCUGUCUCUGUUUGGUGCUCUGUCCUAUGCAGAUCUCGGAACAUGUAUUACAAAGUCAGGCGGGCAUUAUAUUUAUCUUUUAGAGACUCUUGGACCAUUGCCGGCUUUCCUCCGAUUGUGGGCUGAAUUUAUUAUGAUACGUCCUGCAAAUAUGGCUGUGGUGUCUUUGGCAUUUGGUCGAUACCUCAUUGAGCCUUUCUUUGCUUCUUGCCAUGUCCCUCCUCUGGCUGUGAAAUUGGUCACGAUGGCAGGAAUUACCGUAGCAGUAGCCCUGAACUGUUGGAGCGUGAGUUGGGCUGCCAAAGUACAGACAGGGCUCACUGUCCUGAAGAUGAUUACUGUGGGUCUAAUUAUUGUUCCUGGGAUCUUGGCUCUUGGAAAUGGUCAUAAUGAAAAUUUCCAGGAUAGUUUUGAUACAAGUUCCUUGACACUUGAAAAGCUACCUCUUGCUUUUUAUUCCGGGAUGUUUGCCUAUGGAGGAUGGUUCUAUAUAAACUUUGUAACUGAAGAAAUUGUAGACCCUAAAAAGAACAUCCCUCGGGCAGUAAUUGUUUCCUUAACUGUUGUUACAGUCUGUUAUGUCCUUACUAAUGUAUCUUACUAUGCUGUCUUGACACCUCAAGAAAUUCUCAGUUCAGAUGCAGUAGCUGUGAGUUUCACUGAUAAAGUUUUCAAGAACAUUUCCCCUGCAAUUCUAAUCCUUGUAGCUCUCUCAUGUUUUGGUGCUUUGAAUGGAGGAAUAUUUGCUGCAUCCAGGAUGCUGUUUGCAGCUGCACGAGAAGGACAGUGGCCAGCUCUCUUUUCAAUGAUACACCUAGAAAGACACACUCCUGUCCCCGCUUUGAUAUUAAUGUUACCUUUGGUCUACUUGAUGGUGUCCAUUGGUGACCUUUAUGGACUUUUGAACUUCUAUAGCUUCUCCCGCUGGUUCUUCAUAGGACUUACCACACUGGGGUUCAUGAUACAUUGCUUUCGACAUCCAACAAUACUAAGACCUUUUAAGGUGCCUCUGUUCUUCCCACUGGUAUUCACAGUAGCCUGUUUCUUCAUUGUGGGGACAUCACUAUAUUCAGAUCCUGUGAACACCAGUAUUGGAUGCGCUUUAACUUUAUCUGGCUUACCUGUCUACUAUCUGGUGGUUCAGAAAACUAGAAUACCAGGCUGCUGUACGUCAAAGUUCAACUCCAUGACUGUGAAACUACAGAUCCUGAUGAAGGUGACUCUUCAGGAAGUCCAGAUGUAUUGAAGGAGUUGUGUGUUGGAAUAAGGAAAACAAUAUUUAGACUGCAAGGAACCCACAAAUUCCUCUACUGUAAGGAACAUACCUCCAAGCCAUUUUAAAGCAAGCAGCAAGUGAUACAAUAUGUGCGAAUCCUUUUUCAUGAGCUAUCCCAUAUUUCAUUUUGUCUUUUAAAGGUGUAAGACUGAUCUUCUUCUGCCCAGAAGCUUGAACAAGCAGUUUAUAAGGAAU